GUUCUUAAUCUGGCCCUGCCUGUAACCCUGAAAUGUGGACAUAACUUCUGCCGGGACUGUAUUGGUCGUGUGUUGGAUACACAGGAGAGGCCUGGAAGUUAUUCCUGUCCUGAAUGUAAACAAAGCUUUAAGAAACGUCCCGUCCUUCAGAGAAAUCUGAAGCUACGUAACAUAGUGGAGAAUUUCCAGUCCACCCAUCCACAUCUGGAGGAGUCCGGGGUCUUCUGUACUUACUGUAUUCACACUCCUGUACCUGCUGUCAUAUACUGUCUGCAUUGUGAAGCUUCUCUGUGUGACAAUCACCUGAGAGUCCACAGCAAGUCGCCAGAACACGUCUUAUGUGACCCCACCACUUCCCUGGAGAACAGGAAAUGCUCUGUCCAUAAGAAGAUCCUGGAGUAUUACUGCACUGAGGACUCCUCCUGUAUCUGUGUGUCCUGCAGGCUGGAUGGAGAACAUCGGGGACACCAGGUGGAGACUCUGGAUGAGGCCUCUGAGAAGAAGAAGAAGAAACUGAGGAAUGUUCUGCAGAAACUGAUGGCAGAGAGAGAGGAGAUGGAGAAAAGAGUCCAGAGUCUGCAGAAACACAUGAGGAAAGUACAAGGACAAGCAGAUGAUGAAACAGAGAGAGUCACUGUCCUGUUCAGAGACCUCAGGAGACGUCUGGAAGACCUGGAGAAGAGAGUCCUGAGGGACAUCUCCGGGCAGGCAGAGCGGAUCUCCAUGUUAAUCAAUGAUCUUCUCCAGGAUCUGGAAAUAAAGAAGGAGGCGCUGUCCAGAAAGAUGGGGGACAUUGAGAAGCUGUGUAACAUGACGGAUCCACUGACUGUCCUCCAGGAAUCAGACACAGGUGACUUGUGUGAUACUGAGGAUGGAGAUGAUGAGGAAUCAGACACAGGUGACUUGUGUGAUACGGAGGAUGGAGAUGAUGAGGUCAGAGAUAGACGUGAUCUACUCCUCCAUGAUGGAGGGGAUCUGGAUGUGACGGGGAUCUCACUCACAUUACACAAAGGUUUAUCUGAUAUCAUGUCUGGGGUAAAUGUAGAGAAAUGUACAGGCACACAUGUCUAUCCACAUUCUACUACAAAGAGCGAAGGUCACACCAAUGCUAAACCAUCCAGGAGACGUCCCCAACCCUCCCCCACCAUACAACACUCACAUCAUCAGGCUGGAGGACCAAAUGCUAGGUCAGUACAGAAAACAUCGGGGGUGUCGGGGGUUACAGACAUAUUACUGGAUGUGAGGACAGCUGGUAAUGAUCUGCAUAUAUCAGAUGACAGGAAAACUGCAUCCUACUCAUCAUCACAUCAGAAUCGUCCAGAAACACCAGAGAGAUUUCAGGGUCCUCAGGUGAUGAGCAGUCAGAGGUUCUCCUCAGGAAAACAUUACUGGGAAGUGGAUGUCGGAGGGUCAGAGUACUGGAUAGUCGGGAUGUGUUACCCCAGUAUAGACAGUAGAGGAGAUCAGUCAGAGUCUGGAUGUAAUAAGAAGUCCUGGGGUUUGGAGAGGUUGGGGGAUAAUCAGUACACAGUGAAACAUGACAAUAAUAACAUCUCAUUUCCCAGAAAUGCCUCCAGUGACAGAGUCAGGAUAGAUCUGGAUUAUGAGGCUGGGCGGAUCUCCUUUUAUGAUCUGUGUGACCCGAUCCGACACCUCCACACCUUCACCACCACCUUCACUGAGCCCCUCCAUGCUGUGUUAUGGGUCGGGGAAUAUGGAGGUCAAAUAAAGAUAUCUGGGGGGAAUCAGAGGUGAGAAAUCCGCCCAGAGACUGGUGACAUCACAGGGUGGAGAAUCUGAUUGAUUAAAUCAAUAGAAUCAAAAGAAGUGUGGAAAACAUUAUUAUUUAUAAAUCUGCAGGCUCCGGGGCCGUCAUCUUCAUCCUAAAGCUCACUUCACUACCUAGUGUGUCACUGACCAGGAACAAGCAUGCAGGAGGGCAGAUUGGUCAGACUUCACUGGCUGCAUGCUUGUUCUGGGUCAGGGAAACAGGAGGUAUUGUAGCCAGGAUUGGGGUGAUAACCCUGGAGCCUGCACCUUAAAAAUGUAUUUAGAGCAAAAAUGUUUUUUGGUUUCAGUUUUGGAUGGCACAAUGUUGUCACCAUGACAGAAAGUGAGGGAAAAACUUUCUAAUGUAGUCCUGGAUAGCAGUAAAAACCUGACAGGGGUUCUACUCCUCUCCCAUCUAUCCAAAACU